GCCGCCGCCGCCCGUUGCAGCGCCGGCGCUGAUGCCUCCUGCGGUGCCCCGGCAGGGAAGAUGGCGCCGUCCCACGUCCUCAAGUGUUGCCAGAAGGUGUUGGCCUGGGUGCCCGUGGCCUUCAUCGCCCUGGUCGUGGCCUGGUCCUACUACGCCUACGUGGUGGAGCUCUGUGUGUUUACUAUUUCUUCAACUGCAGAAAAAGUUGUCUACCUUGUGGUUUUUCAUCUGUCAUUUGUCAUGUUUGUAUGGUCCUAUUGGAAGACAAUUUUCACAUCUCCUGCAUCCCCCUCUAAUGAGUUCUGCUUGUCAAAAGCUGAUAAAGAACAAUAUGAAAAAGAAGAGAGACCAGAAUCCCAGCAGGAGAUUUUGAGAAGAGCUGCUAAAGACUUGCCUAUCUAUACGACAACAGCAUCGAGAGCCAUCAGAUACUGUGAUCGAUGCCAGCUAAUCAAACCUGACCGCUGCCACCACUGUUCUGCAUGUGACAUAUGUGUACUAAAAAUGGACCACCACUGUCCAUGGGUGAAUAAUUGUGUGGGAUUUUCUAACUACAAAUUCUUCCUCCUGUUUUUAAUGUAUUCCUUACUGUACUGUCUGUUUGUUGCUGCUACAGUCUUGCAGUACUUCAUAAAGUUUUGGACAAAUGAAUUGCCACAUACCCAUGCAAAAUUCCACGUACUAUUCCUUUUCUUUGUGGCAGCCAUGUUCUUCAUCAGCAUACUGUCACUCUUCAGCUACCACUGCUGGCUAGUUGGCAAAAACAGAUCAACCAUAGAAACAUUCCGUGCACCCACAUUUCGAAAUGGCCCUGAUAAAAAUGGCUUUUCUCUUGGAUGCAGCAAAAAUCUGAGGGAGGUUUUCGGAGAUGAAAAGAAGUAUUGGCUACUCCCUAUCUUUACCAGUUUGGGCGACGGAUGUAACUUUCCGACUCGUUUGGUGAUUAUGGAUCCAGAGCAACUUACUGUCUCAAGCCAAAGUGAACCUGCCAAAAGCUCUGGAGGCAGUCAGUCCUUUCCUACUCGACCACUCAGUGAAUCACAAAAUCGAUUGCUAGCCAGUGACAGUCAGUGGGUGGAAAGUGGCCCUGAAGAGGAAAAUGUUAAAUCAGGUGCAAAAAAGCAUAUUAUAGUUUCAUUGGAAAGCUGAUCUCAGCUUAUUACUAACCAACCAUCUCAAUGAGAAACAGGUUUCUGCAACAUGUUUUGUGCUUGAAUAUUACUUAAUUUUGUUUGGAAGAAGUUAUCAGUAAAAAAUGGAACAUGAACAUUUUAGGAAGAGACAAGAAAUUUAAGUUUCUGCACAGUACGAUGGAUUCUUGUAAGCACUAUUGCAGAGCAGGGAAGUUAAGACAGAUGCCUUAAGAUUCUUAACGUGCAUUUAUGCAACACUGAAUUAUAUACUGCUACCAAAGGGCCAAAUCCUGAAGUGCCCUGCUUGGAUGCACAAGGUCCAGAGUGGGAACUAUGCAUUUCUGUAUGCUGCAGUGAUGGGGGUAGAUUGCAGAGACUCCUACCUCCCCCACAGGCAAACUUCAUACCUUAGGCACUGCAGAAGUCACUUCCAUAGCAGGUCUCCAGGAUACAGAAAGAAAGAAAAAAGGAAAAGAGAAAAAGAAAAGAAAAGAAAAAAAAAAAAGCGGGGCGGGGGGAGGGGAGAAAAUCAACAUAGAGCAUGGCCAGUGAGUCUGAAGUGCGACUAUACAUAGUUCAAGCACCAGGUGAUGGGGAAUGGACUGGAUGGUGUCUUCUCCCCGCCUUCCUAUUAGCCAGUCUACCCCAUGAUCACAGCUCUCCAAGUCUUUCAGGACUGAGGAUUCCUUCUACUAGCUGUGCUUUGGAGCAAGGCAAUGACAACAACAUAAAAGCCUUUUACUUGGGUUUUUUUGCUAUAGGAUUGAGCCCCCUCAUUGGUUUAACUUGAUAUAUGUAACCAUAUCAAGAACAGAGCUCAAAGAAGCAAACUCCAUUUUUUAGUUGAAAAAAGCAUGGAUUAUUACUUUCCAACAAUUGUCUAUCAGCAUACAAAGAAAAGCCAAUCUAAAAAGGAAUUAACAAUUGUUAUAUUUUCUGUUAGUCUGCAGUGUUCUGUACGAGGCAGUAACAAAAUGGUAAAGUACCCCUGAGAAAAACCUUAUUGCAGUUGUGUGUUGUUAGAAAAUGGAACUGGAAGAGUACUGCUUUUUCUGUGGGACUCUUGAUGGUUUAUAAAUACUGUUUUAUAGUUUUGUUUUAUCUUUUUAAUAAAGGCACAAGUUUUUAUUGGUUCUAAAGUACCAUUUAAACCAAUAUCAAGUACUUAAAAGAAAAUUAGUGUUGGAUCAUACAUCUGGUUAACACACUGAAAAUUUGUAUGCUUUAGUCUGCCACUUUCAAGUCCAGUUUAAGUGAUGCUGAAAUUGCUAAAGAUUGAGUACUUUGUGCAGUGAUGUACCUGUUCACAAAAGGCGAAAUGUGUUUCCUGUGUGAGGAAUAAAGUCCAUCCUAAGCUUAAGACCUACAGCAAACAAUAUGGGGUUUUUUCCCCCUCACUCCUCUAUAGAGAAGACUGCUAACUCAUCUUUGGGAGGUAUUGGAAUUUUGCACCUGGAAAAAGUGACAAAUACUAUUUUACUGUCUGUAACUUUUCUGAUGUUUAGCUGAUGUUGAUUACAAAUAGACAUGAGCCCUUUUGAUACAGACUGAAAGUAGUAGCCAGGUUGAUGAUCUGGACCAAAAGAACCUGUUUGGUUUCUCUCCCAGAUUGAUUGCUACUUAAGUCAAAUAUGUUUAUGAUGGAGAUACUAAGGUAUCAAGUAUACUGUAAGGUUUAAAGCAAGUAUUUUUUUGCCUUUGGAAAGAAUAAAUUUUCUUAGAUAUUAAUCUUAUAGAACAAGAACACUUUGAGAAGCUAUGAACAUGAUUUGGUCACUGUUGGAUGUUCCUGAGACAGAAGUAACGGUCUAAACCUGAGUGUUUUCUAAAAGUUGCAGAACAUUUCUUCAAACUUGGUACAAGAAAUUUUGCGUUUGCUACUAUCAAAACUUAUAAAAGUAUUGCUACACAUUAAUCUGAAAGGUUUAGCUUUUUCUUCUCAAAUGUCAAGUGAGAACUGCUCAUCUGAAUAUAACCUCUCAGUAGUACUGCACCAGCAAAAUUUCUUUGGGAAGACAACAGAGACAGAAGACUGCAAGUUCAAAUGGCUCAUUCUGAAUACCAAAAUUUGCAGCCCCAAAUACUGGUGGAACUAAUGGAGGGCCCAGGAUAUCAUCUGGCUUUUACUGCAUCAGUGUGUUACAGCUGGGAUAACACAUACAUGCACAGUCAUUGUCUAGCAGAACUAUAAGCAAAAUCUAUGUCUCUGAUGUGGUAAAUAUCACUGAUUCAGCAAUACAGUCUCUGCCCCCUUCCUCCACCCCCAAAGUGCUUGAUAUACCCCCAUAUGAAUUUAUAUAUACUGUAGGCUAACAUCAGUGUAACUUGUUUGAUUUCUUAAGUCAGGAUAGUUAAUCUACAGGAAAAACUGCAAGUAAACAGACUGGGCUAACUCCAUGUGUGUUCUCUAGCGAGUGCUGGUCUUCUGAAACCAGUUCUUUGUAUAUCUGGUGGAUAUUUUUGUGGCUUUUCAUGAAGAGCUGAUGUUUCUGACAUCUUUAUGCAGAUCAUGGGUACAUUUUGUCCCAGAUUUUUCUCAUGUUUCGGAUGAAAAAAGGAGAGCAGUGUGCUUAGGAUACUCUUGAGGCCAGAGUUACUGUUGGUGUAAAAGCAGGCAUUACUGAAAAGUCACUUUGACAAACAUGAAAUGUAGUAAAAUGAUUCAAAUAUGAUUCUUCCAAAUUCACCCCCUCCCCCUUUUCUUCCCCUCCAGGAAACUGGUUACUAAGAGAAACGCCAGACUGGUAUAAAGGAAUUAACUUGUCUAAGGGAAUUGUAUUGAUGAACUCUAAGGGCACACCAGUGAGUGGAAUGGGAGGGUCAUGUUUUCCUGGCAGGCCCUGGCUGCAGAGGAGGUAUCGUGUCUAGGGCAGCAGGACAGUGUC